AUGAACUCGUCUUUCUUUGAGCCAAUCGACCAGAAUGCUUCGGCCCUCGAUAACGGAUCAAUCAACUCGGGUAGCGAUGAAAUCGUUGGUGCUAGUGAGAUCGAGAGCCCGCCAGAUUUUGAACCUCAAGCUACUGAUGAGUCUUUAGAAACAGCAAAUGCAGAAGGUACUACGGGAUCGGCACAUAUGCUGCUGUUAUUUAAGGCUCAGCGGAAUUUAUAUGAACAAGGCCUACAAGAAUUAGAUUCCCUACAAUUGGUUGAUCUCUCACCCUUAGCUAAUUGGAAACUCUCCCUGUUUAAACCGGGGUACGGCGUGGCACAACUUCGAGAUGAUUCUCCUGAUUCGUAUUGGCAAUCUGAUGGACUGGGGAACCAAAGCAAUAAUGCCAAUAACAACAAUAACAACAAUAACAACAAUAAUAAUAAUGGGGACAGCAAUAGUAAUGAAUUGGCUAAUCCCCAUUCAAUAACCAUUCAGUUUCUGAAAAAGGUUAGCUUGGAACGUAUCUCCAUCUUUGCCAACUAUUCCCUUGAUGAAAGUUAUACGCCUUUCAAGAUCCAAGUGAUGGCUGGCUCUUCCGAGACUUUUGAUUUAACAGAGGUUUGCGUGGUCAACUUUACUAACCCCAAUGGUUGGUCUCAUAUAAUAUUUAAUGGUAUACGAUCCGAUGGAGUUCUCAAGUGUUUUGUGGUUAAAGUGAAUAUUCUAAGUAAUCACCAAGACGGUAAAGAUUCGCAUGUUAGAGCCAUAAGAUGUUUUGGUAAGAAACAAAGUCUUGUAUCAGACUCUGGGACUAGUACCACUAGUGGUAGCGGUAGUACUAGUACUGCUACGCAUACACAGUUAUCACCAAUGUUAACUGAUCCCAGUAUAUCUCAUAAACUGGAGAUUGAAAUCGAAUCAGAAGAGCGAAUACUUGAUACUACUUUGGAGCAAGAGUUCUCCAAAACAGUGGAGAAUGUCCUGGAUGUUAUAGGAUUCAAUUCAGGGUUUCAAAGCUUAUCGUUUAAAAGUAUUUCGUCUAUUCGAUAA